CUUAUCGGUAAAAGAUUAAAUCGAAGCAACCGUGUUUGGAAAAGAAGCGUGUGAAAAUUUGAGUGAAAAACCAUUGUGGUAAAAGGUGCGGUCUGCUUGAAUUGUUGUUAGGUGACCUCAUUUUCUGUUUGUUGAAAAAAGGAGAAGUUAGCGUUACUUUAGACAAAAUGGGUUCCACCGAGUACAGCAUUGGUCUUUCGGACGAGAAGAGCUCCAGCCGUGUGCUGAAGCCUCCGGGUGGCGGCCAUUCCGACAUCUUUGGUUCUCCGGAAGUGAAAGCCAACCCACCGCGGCCGAAAUACAACCAGCAGAACUCUUCCAACAUGAACGGCGUGAUGGGAACAAUGGAUCCGAACCUGAAAGGUAACUCAGCGCAGCCGGAAUCGGCCCAGGCUGCAGCUUCGGACGCACCCAAGGCUGCUGGCCAACCAUCGGCGGCUCCCGCUUCCGCCAACCAGUCGGACCAAUCUGGCGGACGAGCCCGUGUUCCCCCGGGUGGCUUUUCGUCUGGCCUUUGGUAAACGCUCAUGCUUGCAAAAAUACUCGGGGAAAAAUCAAAGCACAUUGACCUACAUCAACCAAAAGGGCAUCACUUGAAGAAUUCUUUUAUCAAAUUAUACAAAACCUCUCUUACCUUCGUACUUAUCGAUUAGAAUUGUAUGCCUCGAUUCACCGGCAGCCAGCCAAAGAUAAAUAACUCACUAUCAGUAUGACAAAUAUGCAUUUAAAACGACUUCACCAACACCGUAAAUGAUCUCCAAAAAAAGCUCCUAAUUUAUCCUUUAUCUCUCUCGUAUAAGUGCUUGAUAAUUAGGAUUAAAGAAAACAAAAAAGAAGGACCAUUCCUGAGCACUUUUUGCAAAACUUUUCGCUUUCGAAGUCGAUGUCUGACGCUAACUCUGCUCCAGCAAAAAAGAAAAAAAAGUACCGGAAGAUAAAUUGUAACCAGAUUUGUGACAAUUUAGAUUUCUGUAUUUGAUUGCCUGAACAAUAAAUAUGUAGUGCUAAAAGA